CCUGGAGUUCUCUGCUCAACAUUCUCCUCAAUCGGGGGCCAAGUUCAGCUGCUGUGUUCCGAGUCCUGGCAAGGACUGCACACGGAGGGCAGACUCAGCAGGCCUCCUUGCCUGGGUAGACCUAGCCCGUUUGUCUCCUUCACAGUACCAGAGGACCACCUCGAUAUGCUGUGGCUGAAGAAGUUUCAGAUCCCGAGAGGCAUCUACAAGUUCUUCCACAGCUUCUCCUCAAGCCCGUCUCAGCAGCACAGUGUCUCCACAUCAGGAGUGUGGCCUCAAAGAUGGAAUGACUAUGAUUCGCCGGAGGAAUUUAACUUUGCGAGAGACGUGCUGGACUACUGGGCUCAAAUGGAGGAGGAGGGCAAGAGAGGCCCAGGUCCGGCCCUGUGGUGGGUGAACAACCAAGGAGAUGAGAUAAAGUGGAGCUUCCGAGAGCUGAGGGACCUAAGCCGCCGCACCGCCAACGUCUUUGAGCAGAGCUGUGGCCUGAAGCAGGGUGACCGACUGGCCUUGAUUCUGCCCCGCGUGCCCGAGUGGUGGCUGGUGACAGUGGGCUGCUUUCGAACAGGGAUCGUCGUCAUGCCUGGGACUACGCAGCUGAAAGCCAAGGACAUCCUCUACCGACUACAGGCAUCUCAAGCCAAAGCCAUUGUGACCACAGGGAGCCUCAUCCCGGAAGUAGAUUCUGUGGCUUCUGAGUGUCCUGCCCUGAAAACCAAGCUGGUGGUGUCUGAUCACAGCCAUGAUGGAUGGCUCAACUUUCAGUCACUGAUGAAAUCAGUAUCCGCGGACCACAACUGUAUUAAUACAAAGAUGAAGGACCCCAUGGCCAUCUUCUUUACCAGUGGGACCACAGGUCACCCCAAGAUGGCAAAGCACAACCAGGGACUUGCUUUCCGUUCCUGUGUCACUUCAUGCAGGGAUGUGUUGAAACUGAAGACAUCUGACAUCCUGUGGUGCAUGUCAGACCCAGGAUGGAUUCUGGCUAGCGUGGGGUGCGUCACUCAACCAUGGGCAUCAGGGGCUACCAUCUUCAUCCACCACCUCCCUCAGUUCGACCCCAAAGUCAUUAUAGAGGUAAGAAAACCAACUUCCCGGAGUCGAAACCCUCUCAGAGGAUAUACAGGUUUCCCAAAGCUCAGGUUUCCCACCCUGGAGCAUUGCAGCACUGGUGGGGAGAGCCUGCUGCCCGAGGAGUUCAAGCAAUGGAAGGAAAGGACAGGCAUUUUCAUUCAUGAGCUGUACGGACAGUCAGAAAUGGGGCUUGGCCUUGGUGUCUUCCGGGAUAUGAAGAUCAAGAAAGGCUCCAUGGGGAAGGCCAUAUUACCCUUCGACUUCCAGAUCAUCGAUGAGAAGGGUAACAUCCUCCCACCCAACACCGAAGGCUACCUCGGCAUCAGGAUCAAGCCCACCAGGCCUUUAGGCCUUUUUGUGGAGUAUGAGAAUAACCCGGAGAAGACAGCUGAAGUGGAGUGUGGAGACUUUUACAAUAGCGGGGACAGAGCCUCUGUUGACGAAGACGGCUACUUCUGGUUCUUGGGCAGGGGUGACGACGUCAUCAAUGCUUCUGGGUACCGCAUCGGGCCUUCAGAGGUGGAGAACGCCUUGGCGGAGCACCCUGCGGUGGCAGAGUCGGCCGUGGUGGGCAGCCCGGACCAGAAGAGAGGAGAGAUCGAGUUUGUUCCUGAAUUGCCCAAAACCAUCACAGGCAAAAUCAAAAGGAAGGAACUUCGAAUAAAGGAGUUCAGUCAGAGAUCAGCAACCAAAUCAGAAGCAUCCCUGUGACCUGACACAGGUCUUUGACUGUUGGAGGUGGAGAUGGGGUGGACUGUAGCAAGGGUAAGUUUGGAAGAGGAAAGCAAGACCCUCCACCAACAUUUUUGUGUUUUCAAAUUCAGCUACCACCCUUCCUGGGAGUCUUUUGUC